AGGGGAAAUAAAACUAAUCGAGCAGCCAAUUUUAAGAACAAGCAUAUAUAUAAAGUGAAAUGGAAACUUCAAGGGAAGAAGAUCGGAGAAAAAGAGAAGACAGCGGCUAUAACUUUGUAUCCGGUCGCUGCUCUCUCUGGGAAAAGCUUGUCAAGUCUAUCCUCAAGUGCUUGGGCUACGACUCACCACCAACAGUUCGUGAUCAAUCUUUGCAUUCCUCUCCUCAUCAAGCACAACAAGGAACCAAUAUCACUGAGGAAGACAUGUCAUGGGCGGCAGUAACAUUAGCCAGAAGACCACCAAGACCACCUAUCAGCAGCGGCGCAGGAAAGUGGGCAGGUGUCUCUUUGAGGGGAAAUUUUAAGACAGAGUGGCAAAAUAUUGGAGCUACCAGUUUAAGAAGUGCAGACACAGGAAGUAGCUUGGAAAAAGGAAAUGGAAACAUCAUCAGCAACAGUAGAAGAGCAGAGAAGAAGAGAAGAAGAAGAAGAAAACUAUAAUAUUCUCUACAGUCCCUGCUAUUUCUGCCAAAAGUUUGUUAAGUCCAUCCUCAAGUGCUUGGGAUAUGAUCACUCAACAAGAGCUGAUCAAUCUUUCGGGACUCCUGCUCCUCAUCGUCAGGCGGAACAAAGAAUGAAAAUCAAUGAAGACAAAUCAAGGGCAGUGGUACAAUCAAGCAGGAGUGCGCCACCGCCGCCACCUGUAAGCGGUGGGGUAGGUGGUCAAAUCAACUAGCUACUCUCCACUCUCCACCAUAUAUAUAUAUAACCCAACUAUAUUUUUAUAUAAUAUGUUAAAUUACUUCACUUUUUCACUUCUCAAUCUCACGAAUACUUAUGCUCU